AAAACACUAGCAAACACUAGCCGUCGCAGCUAACUUACUAACUUGUUGCUGAACAUGACUCGGUAAACUCACUAUUGGUGGCAUGGUGCCAGUCACUGCCUUUAAAGGAGAACUUAUGUCUUUGUAUGUCCCAUCUUACAUUUGAAUAAUGUUUUAUACGAUGUGAGUGCUUCCUAAAUAUCCGCUAUGCUAAUUUAGCUUAGAAUUACUUUGCGCACAAACGGUUAGUGGAGAACCAAGGUGGGGAAGACAUCGCUCAUCAUGUCUUUGGUUGGUGAGGAGUUUCCAGAAGAGGUUCCCCCCCGAGCUGAGGAGAUCACCAUCCCUGCUGAUGUGACUCCAGAGAAGGUGCCUACACACAUAGUGGACUAUUCAGAAAAAGAGCAGAACGAUGAAGUCCUUAGAGACGAGAUCAUCAAGGCUAAUGUGGUGUGUGUAGUGUAUGAUGUCACCAGCGAGGACACAAUAGACAAGAUCAGAACUAAAUGGAUCCCUUUAGUUAAUGGAGAUGCAGAGAAAGGGAACAAAAUUCCUAUCAUCCUCGUGGGAAACAAGUCUGAUUUGCGCUGUGGCAGCUCAAUGGAAACCAUUCUUCCCAUCAUGAACCAGUUCUCUGAGAUUGAGACUUGUGUUGAGUGUUCGGCAAAGAACCUGAAAAACAUUUCAGAGCUCUUCUACUAUGCACAGAAGGCAGUUCUUCACCCCACUGCACCUCUUUAUGACCCCGAAGACAAACAGCUAAAACCACUGUGUGUCCGAGCUCUUAGCAGAGUAUUCUACAUUUCUGACCAGGAUAAUGACCGCAUCCUCAGCGACGCUGAACUCAACUGCUUUCAGAAAUCUUGUUUUGGCAAUCCUCUGGCACCACAAGCUUUAGAAGAUGUGAAGACAGUAGUUUGGAAGAACACCAGUGAUGGGGUACAGGACAAUGGCCUCACCCUAAAUGGUUUCUUGUUCCUUAAUACAUUAUUUAUCCAAAGGGGCCGACAUGAAACCACGUGGACUAUCCUCAGGAAGUUUGGCUAUGAUGACAGCCUUGAACUGACUGAUGAUUAUCUUUACCCUGAACUACGAGUUCCUGUCGGCUGCACCACAGAGCUCAAUCAUUUAGGCCAUCAGUUCCUCCAGCGGCUAUUUGACAAGUACGAUGAAGACAAAGACUCUGCCCUGUCACCGACAGAGCUUAGGAACCUGUUUUGUGUCUGUCCUUACAUGCCAUGGGGUCCAGAGGUCUAUAUGACUGUCCCAACCACAGAUGAGGGCUACAUUUCUAACCAAGGUUACCGUUGUCAGUGGACACUUUCCGCGUACCUUGACAUCCACCGUUGCCUGGAGCAUCUAGGAUACCUAGGCUACCCUAUCCUCACUGAGCAGGAGUCACAGACUGCCGCAAUCACAGUUACACGAGAGAAAGAAGUGGACCUGGAAAAGUGCCAAACACAGCGAUCAGUGUUUCUGUGCAAAGUGAUCGGACCGCGGGGGACGGGCAAGACCGCCUUUCUCCAGGCGUUUGUGGGCCAUAACGUUGGGAAUAAGGGAAAUUCCAGCAGUGCCUUCUCCCCUUAUGCCAUAAACACUGUCCAGGUCAACAACCAGGAGAAGUACCUAAUUCUCAAUGAGGUGGAUGUGGAGGUGGAGUUCCUGAAGGCAUCAGAUGCCUCCUGUGAUGUUGCUUGUCUCAUGUACGACACCAGUGACCCACAUUCCUUCAACUACUGUGCCAGUAUAUACAAGCAACACUACAUGGAGAGCAACAUCCCAUGUGUGCUCGUCGCCUCCAAGGUGGAUCUUCCUGAUGUCAAGCAGUUCCACGGGAUGACUCCAGCAGAGUUCUGCUAUAAACAUCGACUGCCUCCUCCACUGGUCUUCUCCAGCCUGCUGCUCGACUCCACCAGCAAGAACAUCUUCACCAGGCUCGCCUGGGCAGCGAUGUACCCACACCUGAAUGGUUCAGACAUGAGCAACACAUCAUUCUGGCUGAGAGUGGCAUUGGGCUCGGCUGUGGUCGCAGUUCUGGGCUUUGCUAUCUACAGAACCAUUGCCAGACUGAAAUGAUCAACAACCAGCUGAGCUUAUUUUCCAAUGCUUCCAUUCGUACAUAAAGACCAAACGUCCGAGACCAGAUCCAGAACCACCACAACCUGAACUAGGCUGAAUCCGCAUCAUUUUACAUUUUACCCUGAAGGCUCCCAGGACAACCUGUCAUACCUCUGCUCCUUCCUAGCAUCUGACUUCUUCACUUUGUCCUGCCCUCUGAGUCAGUAGAGCGCAGUAGUCCAAAGGCAACUGGAAUCUAGUUAUCACAGUAUUCCCUAAGCUGCUAUGCCCAGCUUUAUCUGCCUUAUAUUGUCCAACAAAACUGAGUAGGAGUUAGCCCGUUGGUGCUCUGUGCAUUGAUACAUGAAGAACUGUUUAUAUCCAAACAGGUGCUUUGUCAGAGGAGAGGAGAUACAACAAGACCGUUGCAUCUUCUAUCUAUUGCUAUCCCCUCAGUUAGCUGUUAAAUGAUUAAAUAUUAUUGGUGAGAUUAGAGGGGGUUUAUACAUACAUAUAUACAUACACACAUGCAGUGUUUCCUAAUCAUAAAGUAGAAAAAUGCCAAAUUGACUAGACUGAAGAACCAAAGGGCAGCACAUGAAUCAUUUUUAACAGCAAACGUGCUGACUGGCUGCUGCUGGAUCUCUUGCUGUAACUCCUCAGUGAACACUUCAGUUUGGCCACGCAACCACAGAUACAAGAGGUUCAAAACAGAUUUGCCAAAUAACUCCAGCACCUAUGAAUAUGCAUAGCAUGUUAUUUGCCUCUUGGUCAUAUUAUUUAACCUGAGAGUGAAACAUUUUAAUGUUUUUAGCAGUAACACCUGUAGUGAUCUGCUGUGGCAGGAUGAGAUGUGCAUGAAGAAAAAAAAGGCAGUUCGUUUUCUGCAUCUGCAAGAAAUAUUUUCGCCUGCUCAAGGAGGCCGAGCAAACCUUAAAAUGACAAAAUAUGAAAGAAAAAUCUGAUCAGAUGUAUCUGUGCUUCCACUCCGUUUCCGUCUGUUCAUAUUGAAAUGGAAUUAAUUUUGAGACUGAAAUACAGUAGAUGGAUAAUCCCCCCCCCUCAAUUUACAUGUGCCCGACACUGUGCAUACACUUUGACCUUGUUACAUAAUCUGAAACUGUAAUGUUUUCAAACAUGAGUCAGUCAUGAUGAUGUCUGUUUUGUUGCUUAAUUUAGCUGGGGACCUGCUGCUUCUGCAGAAUACACUUGUGACAUGUGACUUUUAAAAUAUGGCUGUUUUCUUACUUGAAAUUGAACUGAUUUAGUUGCUUAAUAAAAGACCAGACCAGA